CUGAAACUGGCCUUUUUUGGCUCGGACUACUUUAGUAUUAACUGUCUGAAGCAGAUCAUUCCGCUGCUGCAUGCUCCAUCCUCUGCAACUCCGCUUAUAUCCCACCUUGAUGUAAUCACACGCUCUCCCAAGCUCAGCGGAAGAGGAAUGAAGCAGCUAAAGGACGUACCCAUUGCAUCAUUCUCCGCUUUGGAGUCACUGAACCUACUCCGAGCUGAUAAAAAAGCCGAUUUUUCUGAUUUAAUGAACAGGAAUUACGAUAUUUGCAUUGCAGUCUCUUACGGAAAACUAAUACCGUCUACUUUUCUCUCGUCACUUAAAUAUGGCGGACUCAACGUCCAUCCCUCCCUUCUACCAAAAUACUCAGGUCCUGCUCCUUUGCAACGUGCAUUACUAAACAACGAUAAAGUGACUGGUGUGACGGUACAAACUCUUCAUCCUACAGAGUUCGACCGUGGUGACGUUCUUCUCCGUGAGACAUAUGACAUUAAGAAUGGCGAAACAUUGGAGUCCCUAACACAGGAACUUUCUUUGAAGGGUGGAUUACUCCUAAGGCGUAUUUUGGAAGAAAAAAUUUACGAUGUCAGCUCAUCAAAUCAUUCCGUGCUGCAGCCACAACUACCAUACAGUUAUGCCAAAAAGGUCCAGAGCAGUGAACGCCAAAUACUCUGGAACCAAUUCUCUGCUUUUGAUCUUUAUCGUAGAGAAAACACACUUGGACCAUUAUAUACUUUCAAACAAUUUGUGCCCAAGAAAAAGAGCAAAGCUACUUUGAACCCUUUGAAAAGAGUUGUCUUGUCA